GAUCUGUAUGAGACUAGCGGGCUGCGAUGCCUGGCUCCCGCAUCAUCGAGGAGGCAGAUAGCCUGUUGGCAGAUGGUCCAACAGUUUCGCACACCAGCAGCAGGCAUUGGCGUUUCCAUGGAGCAGCUUUGAUAGCUGGCCUCUGUAUGCUUGCUGCGCUGGUGUACGUGGGCCGAAGACCAUCAUUUUCAGCGCCCGAGAGGGGUCAGGCCGUGUCCCAAGAGAAGCCGGGACGCCAGAUGAACCUGGAUGCCGUGGGCGGCUUGCUCGUGGCGGGGCAACAACCACCCCCGACCAUCCUGACUGCAAAUGCCGCUGCGCCAACCCUCUUGCAAGCGGACCCGCCCAAUUCUUUGCUGAAGAAAGCGGCGGCCAUGGAGAAAUCGAACCCGGCCGGCCCUUCGCCCUUGGAAAAGGAAUAUGUUCUGGGGCAGCAUGCAAAUCCAAAGGAGAAGGAAGCAUCAGAACAGGAAAAGGCCCCUGGACCUCCAGAUGCAGGGCCCCUGAAGAAGAAAGACGCAGAAGAAAGCAAGAGCAAGUCCUGUAAAACGGCGACACCCGGAGAUACUUGCUACAAGGCUGUCCUUUGGGCCAAGUGGAUUGGGCUCAUCGAACAUCCCACGUGGUAUCCAGGCCUGAAGCGUGCCACGGCCAAUCGUAUGGCCAUCCAGGAGUGGUUGCACAACAAUUCACAAGGAGAUUGCCACCGACCUUGCGACCACGAGACCUACCCGAUCCCACCUUCAGGCAAAGGUAAACCAUCGCUCUUCUGCUUCUCUGUCGCGCGCAUGGGACCGGAAAUGGAUACCAUGUUCAUGCAGCGGCAGAUGGGCGCUGGCAUCUUCGCCUGCGAUGGCCACGCCGUGUACAGCGACACUCACGUGAACAUCGAUGGCUUUAAAACGACGCUGAUUCCCUCCACAGCCUCUGGGGUGAGCACAGACAAAACGGCGGCCAAUUCGCAGGUCUUCAUGAAUACUUGGAACAACCUUCUGACUACGACGAAAUGGUACGAGUACGAUUUCAUCGCCAAGGUGGACCCAGACUGUGUCUUCUUCCCUGCGCGCUUGCGUGGACAUGUUCACAGUUAUGUGGGCCAGAACGUCUUUUUUCUGAAUUGUGGGAAGUACGUUCCGGCCACGAUGUACGGCGCAUUAGAGGUCUACUCCAAGUCAUCUUUGGGAGCCUACCUUUCAGCCCAUCCAAGGUGUGAAACCUCCUUCCCCUUUGGUGCCUGGGGGGAGGACAAAUACAUGACGAAUUGCUUGGAGAUGUUAGGCUGCAAAUCGGUGGUCGACUUUGGUAACUUCCUUCAUGACGAGCGCUGCUGGGGUGUGGAUUGUGGCAACAAGCAGGCAGUUGCCUUCCAUGCUUUCAAGCAAGUGAACCAGUGGUACAACUGCUGGCUGCUGUCCAACCACCAUGGCUUCUGAGGGGUCGAUGAGUUGGUUGGUCAAUGCGGCGACCCGUAUACCCC